ACUCAUGGAUGGCCGUAGGGGCCUGGUCCCUUCCAAUUUUGUGGAGCGUGUGUCUGAUGACGACCUCCUGACCUCCCUCCCUCCGGAGCUGGCUGACUUGUCCCACAGCUCAGGCCCUGAACUCAGCUUCCUGAGUGGAGGUGGGGGUGGCAGCAGCAGCGGGGGCCAGAGCAGCGGGGGACGUAGCCAGCCCAGACCUGAGGAGGAGGAUGCAGGGGACCAGCUCAGUCUGAGCCCCGCACCCGAGGGCCUGGGCGAGCCUCCAGCUGUGCCUUACCCCCGCCGCCUGGUGGUCCUCAAGCAGCUGGCCCACAGCGUGGUGCUGGCCUGGGAGCCUCCUCCUGAGCAAGUAGAGCUACGGGGCUUCCAUAUCUGCGUGAAUGGGGAGCUGCGUCAGGCUCUGGGGCCCGGGGCGCCGCCCAAGGCUGUGCUGGAGAACUUGGACCUGCAGGCCGGGCCCCUCCAUGUUUCUGUCCAGGCCCUGACCAGUCGGGGCACCUCCGACCCUCUGCGUUGUUGCUUGGCGGUGGGUGCUCGGGCUGGAUUGGUACCCAGCCGGCUGCGGGUCCAUCGGUUGACAGCCACAUCUGCUGAGAUCACCUGGGUGCCCAGCAAUAGCAACUUGGCCCAUGCCAUCUACCUCAAUGGGGAAGAGUGCCCACCUGCCCGCCCCAGCACCUACUGGGUCACCUUCUGUCACCUACGGCCUGGCACACCCUAUCAGGCCCGAGUGGAGGCUCAGCUCCCACUGCAAGGGCCCUGGGAACCAGGAAGGGAGAGGCCGGAGCAGCGGGCUGCCACCCUGCAGUUCACCACACUCCCAGCAGGCCCACCCGAUGCCCCUCUGGAUGUGCAGAUUGAGGCAGGGCCCUCCCCCGGGAUCUUGAUCAUCAGUUGGCUCCCAGUCACUAUCGAUGCUGCUGGCACCUCCAAUGGCGUCCGGGUCACAGGCUACGCCAUCUAUGCUGAUGGGCAGAAGAUCAUGGAGGUGGCCUCGCCCACUGCAGGCAGUGUGCUGGUGGAGUUGUCCCAGUUGCAGCUGCUGCAGGUGUGCCGCGAGGUGGCCGUGCGCACCAUGUCGCCCCAUGGCGAGUCGGCCGACUCCAUCCCAGCUCCCGUCACUCCAGCCCUGGCUCCGGCCUGCCUGCCAGCCCAGGUCUCCUGCCCCUCACCACGGCCAAGCCCAGAGGCCAGACCACCCCUUGCUCCAGCCUCCCCAGGGCCUGGAGACCCCAGCUCUCCUCUCCAGCACCCUGCCCCCCAUGGAACUCAAGAGCCCCCAGGACCCCCCCCAGCAAGCCCUCCCAGAGAGACACCGAAAGGGUCCCAAGAGGAACCUCCAGCACCUUGCUCCCAGGAGGAGGCUGGGGCAGCUGUGAUGGGCACCUCAGAGGAGAGGAGAGCUGGUGAGCCAACCCUGGGCAACAAGGGUCCUGGCCCUGCAGCUCCCUCACCAGCUGAGCAGCAGACAGAGUGGACUUCGGGAGAGGCCUGCCCAGCACCCUGCCCCACCCAGGGAGCACCGGCCCAGCAGGUGCCAAGUACUGAGGCAGGCCAAGGAGGAGACCCCGGGUCUGGGCUGAGGCCCCGGGCUGAGAGGGAGGAUAUAGAGCUCGGGGUUCGUCUGGGGAACUCUCUUGUGGACCACAGCCGCAACUCAGACCUGUCAGACAUUCAGGAGGAGGAAGAGGAGGAGGAGGAGGAGGAAGAAGAGCUGGCUUCCAGGACUUGCUCCUCCCAGAAGCAGCCUGCUGGCAAUAGCAUCAGGGAGAAUGGGGCCAAGCCCCAGCCAGACCCCUUUUCUGAGACUGACAGCGACGAGGAGAUCUUGGAGCAGAUCCUGGAGCUGCCUGUCCAGCAGUUCUGCAGCAAGAAGCUCUUUAGCAUCCCCGAGGAGGAGGAAGAGGAAGUCGAGGAGGAGGAGAAGCCAGAGGCAGGCCCUUCUUCCCGAGACUCUGGCCCGCCUGAACCUGCAUUGCUGGGGCUGGGCUGUGACAGUGGUCAGUCCCGAGGACCUGGCCAGUGUCCCUUGUCUCCUGAGCCCUCCAGGGCCGGGGACCGCCUGGAGGACAUACCAGGACUAGUUGGUGGAAGCAGCCGGAGGAGAGUAGGGGGCUCCCCUGAGAAGCCUCCAAGCCGCAGGCGGCCUCCAGAUCCCCGUGAACACUGCAGCCGACUUCUCAGCAACAGCGGGCCCCAGGCCUCUGGACGACCAGGCCCCAUGAGGGAGAGGGGUGGCCUCCCUGUGAUUGAGGGCACCAGGGGUGGACCGGAGGCUGGUGGGAGAGGGCGGUCGGGCCCUUCCCGGAGGUGCCCCCGCGGCCAGGCCCUGGAAUCUGGCCUGGCCAGCUGCCUCUCCCCCAAGUGCUUGGAAAUCAGCAUCGAAUACGAUUCAGAGGACGAGCAGGAGGCGGGCAGCGGGGGCGUCAGCAUCACCAGCUCCUGCUACCCUGGAGAUGGGGAGGCCUGGGGCACCGCACCGGUGGGAAGGCCCAGAGGGCCUCUGAAGGCCAAUUCAGGCCCCAACCCCUACCCACGCCUCCCGGCCUGGGAGAAAGGGGAGCCAGAGCGGAGAGGCCGCAGUGCGACGGGCAGAGCCAAGGAGCCACUCUCCCGGGUAACAGAGACUGGGGAGCCCAGAGGGCAGGACAGCUCUGGGCGGAGGGACCCCCGGAAGAGAGGGACCCGAGCCCCCAGGCCAGGCACUGCUGAGCUGGUCCCUCCGAGGAGUCCCCCAGAAGCGCUGACUUACCAGGACCUACCUGUCAGGAUCUUUGUGGCUCUGUUUGACUAUGACCCUGUGUCAAUGUCGCCUAACCCUGAUGCUGGAGAAGAAGAGCUUCCCUUCCGGGAGGGUCAGAUCCUGAAGGUGUUUGGGGAGAAGGAUGCUGAUGGCUUCUACCGAGGGGAAGGUGGGGGCCGGACAGGCUACAUCCCCUGCAAUAUGGUGGCCGAGGUGGCCGUGGACAGUCCUGCUGGGAGACAGCACCUGCUGCAGCGGGGUUAUAUGUCUCCAGAUAUUCUCCUUGAGGACUCAGGGAACGGUCCCUUUGUGUACGCCACAGCGGGCACAGCUGGGCCUCCUCCCAAGCCCCGCCGCUCCAAGAAAGCUGACUUGGAAGGCCCUGCCCAGCUCUGUCCAGGUCCCCUCAAGCUGGUGCCCUCUGCUGACCUAAAAGCUCCCCGUUCCAUGGUGGCUGCAUUUGACUAUAACCCCCGGGAGAGCUCCCCCAACAUGGACGUGGAGGCAGAGCUGCCCUUCCGGGCAGGGGACGUGAUUACCGUGUUCGGGGGCAUGGACGAUGACGGUUUCUACUAUGGUGAAUUAAAUGGACAAAGGGGCCUGGUUCCAUCCAACUUUCUGGAGGGCCUUGGGCCUGAGUCAGGCAGCCUGGACAGGGAGUCCGGAACACCCCAAGCUGAGAGCCAGAGAACGAGGAGGCGAAGAGUCCAGUGCUAGAUGGAGAUAGAUAUAUGUAGAGAGAGCAACAUGACGGGGUCAGUACGACACAAGGCCCCUGGGCUCCCCUAGCCUGGCCCUGAGCCUCCAUCCCUGGCAGUCCCCCCAGGAUUGAACUGAGGGAGCCACAGGGCACAAGUGAGAAGGUACGGGGUCUCCUCUCCAAGGGGAAGCAACUCCUCAGGAAACUGGGCUCUGGGAAGAAGGAGUGAAGCUGUGGCCUACCCUGUGGGCAGAAGAGGUCCUUGGAGGCCCCCAGAUCACUGCCCUGGCUGAGCAGGGAAGGCUCACACUCGGCCCAGAACUCCUGUUCUUCUGAGUUAACACUGUGGUACUUGGACGGGAAUCACAGAGACUUGGUGAAGGUCAGAGCUGGAUAAGUCCUUAAGGAUGAAUCCUCUAGAUGGGCACCUUCCUCUGACAGGAGGGGAAACUGAGUCCCAUCGUGAGUAAGUAGCCUGGCCAAGGUCAGUGAGCACCUCAAUCAGAGCCAGGACUGGAUUCAGGACCCGUGACUCCUGGUCCAACACCUCCUCAAUGCUGUGCUAGUCCCUUCUGUGGGCCUCCCAUCUCCCAGGGUCCCAGGAUGGGAUCCUGGAGGGAGAAAGGGGUCGUUCCCUCUGAUGGCUCUGGCUAUCCUGAUCAUGUCUUCCCUACCCUGAAGGAAAGUUUGCACUGGAUUCUCCUGGAGCCCCACCUCCCCAAGGGCAGGUGGGCGGAGCCAUGUAUAUAUGUACAUACUCAGUGCCUCAGUCCAGCUUCCUCCAUCUCGCUACCACUGCACAGGCCCGGGAAGGAGAAAGGCCAUGCCAAAGCGGGCCUCACCCCGCCCCCAUCGUGCUCCACCCCUCCCUGCCAGGGCCUCCUGGCCCCUGUGUGGUUCCAUCCCCAAGACCCAGGGGGCCGUCAGGCAGAAAGCAGGAGUUGGGUUUGCCUUAUUUUGCUCAUUGGAUUCAACUUCUCUUUUGCAUCAUUUUCCUCUGGCCCCUGUUGGAGUCCAGGGGCUGGGGAAGAGGACAGAUUUAUGCAGCUAUUUUCAUACAUUCCCUGUUCAGAGUGGGGUGGGGGAGUUCUCCACCUUUACCUUAACCAUCCCAUCCCCAAACCUCUACUGGGUGAGUGUUUCUUUGCAUGUUUCCUUCACUGUGGUGGGAGAUUGUUUGACUGAAUCCCCACCCCCACCUUGGUCUCCAGGGGUGUGGAAUGGUGGGAGUAUUUGUUUAAAAAGACAUUUUAUUAUAAUAAAGCCUAUUUUCACAAAAUCU